AUGGAUCCCACAGAGAAGCAACUGGCGGACAUGUUAAAUGAACUAAAGUCAAGAAGCAAAGAACAAGUCAUCCUGGAGUCGGUUUCUUUCGGGUUUCUUUCGUUACUUAUGUUGGUUGGAAACUUUUUAACUCUCUUGGUCAUGUUGCUGAACCGUCGAUUACGAACAAUUCCAAAUGUCUUCGUGGCAUCACUUGCUGUUUCAGAUUUCUUUAUAGGGGCUGUUACUUCAGGUCCUUUAGGCAUUCCUGUAUUGCUGACGUCUCAAUGGCCGUUCAGCGAUACAACGUGCCAAUUGCAAGGGUACAUAGUCAUAGCCUUGGCGGUAGCGUCAGUUCACACAUUGGCUUUGAUGGCAGUUAACAGAUAUUUUAGAAUCGUCAAAGCAUCAAAAUAUCGCCGCUACUUCACCAAGAAGAAAACCAUGAUCAUGAUCCUCUUGUCGUGGUUCUAUUCCAUGUGUUGUCCAUUACCAUAUUUCUUGGCUGGACACAAAAUGGUUUUCCAUGCUUCAAAGUUUUUUUGCUAUCCUCCAAUAAAUAAUCCAGUUUUCCUUGCUUAUGGUGUUCCACUUUACAUUGGGAUUCCUACAAGUAUAAUCUUUUACUGCUAUCUUAAAAUCUUUAAAAGGGUUCGUAGUCACAAUAACAACUUCAACCUACCUGGAAAUCAGGCAAGUAUGGCAAACGUAGAAGAAAUUAAGGUGGCACGCACACUAUUUGUGAUAGUGGUGUUUUUUAAUCUUUGCUGGACCCCAGUUUUCUUGAUUGACAUUGUGGACACGAUUCUUGGGAGAUGGACUUUCCCUCGCGAGGUGUACGUAGCAUACACUUUUUUGGCCAAUAUCAGCAGUGCCUUGAAUCCUUUCAUAUACGGAGUACUAAACAAGAAUUUUCGUAAGGAUUACUUGAAGUUACUAUGCUGCAGAUAUUGCCGCUGUCAGACUGUAGUAAGACCGUUGACGCUGGAAGGAGGA